GUGACGAGUGCGCAGGAUGGUGAUUGGCCACAGGCUGGAAGCUUGCUCACAAUGAAUGUGCAGUUUGUGCACAUCAGCUUUUUAUCAGGGGCAGGUCCUACCGGUGACUGCCAGCUACUUACUGCACAGCCGGCAGAGGAUUCCAGCACAUAAAAUCCAGACUAUAUACGGAUUGCAAAACUGGAUGAAUACAAAACACGUGCCACUGCAGUUUUUUGAAUCAACGCCAGAAGUAGACCCAGCACUUCAAGCAAUCAACAAGAUCCCCACCAAAGAGGUCCCAGCCCAGACCAUUAGUGGAGAGGAACUGAAAAUAAAAUCGUUAUGAGUGGAAACGAGGUGAUUACUCAAGAACUGUGCAAGGAUUUCGAUAUGAAAGAUGGAGAGAUGCGAGAGUUUGAGGUGCAAGGACAAUCAGUUCUUUUAGUAAGGAAUAAUGGGGUAUUCAGCGCUGUAGGAAAUAAGUGCUCCCAUUAUGGCGCUCCUCUAAGUAAAGGGGUGCUGGUAGGGGACAGAGUCCGUUGUCCUUGGCACGGUGCCUGUUUCAAUGUCAGGAAUGGUGACAUAGAAGAGUUUCCUGGGCUGGACAGCCUACCCUGCUUCAAGAUCACAGUAGAAAAUGGCAGUGUGUACAUUGUCACCAGUAAAAAGGCAUUGGAGAGCACUAAACGGAUAAAAUCCAUGAGCAGCCGCUGUGCUGGGGACAGAAGCACUGUUGUAAUAAUUGGAACAGGUCCUUCUGCCUUGGUGUGUGCUGAAACACUCCGCCAGGAAGAUUAUAAAGGGAGGAUUGUUCUGGUGACAAGAGAGAAGCAUGUCCCAUAUGACAGGACCAAGCUUAGCAAGGCAAUGAAUGCAAAAGCUGUGGAGAUCUAUUUGCGUUCUACAGAAUUUUACAAAGAGCAUGAUCUUGAAGUAUGGACAGAGAAAGAGGCUGUUUCUGUUAACACAGAUGAAGCAAGGGUCAAAUUUUCAGAUGGAUCGUUCCUACAAUACAGCCAACUUCUAAUCGCAACGGGCAGCAGACCCAGAGAGCUUAAGUGUCCCGGCUCCACAUUGAAGAACGUUUUCUAUUUGCGCUGUCCAGAAGAUGCCAAUGCAAUCUCUGAAGCUGCUACAAAAAAGAAUGUGGUGAUCAUGGGGAGUUCAUUUAUAGGUAUGGAGGUUGCGGCUUUCCUGGCAGAUAAAGCAUGUUCUGUGUCUGUAGUGGGGAAAUCUGACGUCCCAUUUCAGGCUGUCAUGGGGACACAGAUUGGAGAAGUUGCUAUGAAGCUGCUGAUGGAACGUGGUGUGAAAUUUUACAUGAGGACAGAGGCCAGAGAGAUCCAGGGAAAUGGUGGACAGGUAAAAGAGGUUGUAUUGAGAAAUGGAACUCAUCUUCCUGCUGAUGUGGUGGUUGCUGGAAUAGGUGUAACUCCUGUGUCAAACUUUUUGAAAGGCAGCAGAGUUGCUGUUGGUAUCAAGGGAGCGAUCUAUGUAGACCAGUUCAUGCGUACCAGCGUACAUGACGUAUUUGCAGCCGGGGACGUUGUAUCGUUUCCUCUUGCCAUGAUGGAUGGACAUAGGGCCAAUAUAGGACACUGGCAGAUGGCUCAUUCUCACGUGUUCACUGCUGGAGGCUGCUGCUGUUUGCUCAGAGGCCGCAUCGCUGCUCUCAACAUGCUGAACAAGCAAGUACCGGUGACCUCUGUGCCAUUUUUUUGGACAUCUUUGUUGGGAAAGAGCAUUCGUUAUGCAGGAUUUGGGGAAGGAUUCACUGAGAUUGUGAUCAAAGGAGCACUUGAAGAACUGAAGUUUUUAGCAUUUUACUUGAAAGAUGACAUUGUGGUUGCUGUAUCAAGCAUGAACUUUGACCCCAUUGUGUCACAAGUGGCAGAAAUUAUUUUCUCUGGUAAAAGAAUCACCAAAAAGGAGGUGCUGGCUGAAGAUUUCAUUAACGUCAUUGGAAAAUUAGGAUGACCACCUAAAUUCUGCUGUACCGAUCCCGACAACCUUCUGAAGACCAAAAAGAGGCACAACGGAAUUCCUCUGGUUAACUUUUACUAAAUAUGAUUAUAUAAAUGAAUGAUAUUAUAUAUAGUUUACAGUUAAAAGGGGUUUUCUGAAAUUUUAAUACUGAUGUAUCUGAUUGGUGGGGGUCCGACGGCAAACUGUGGCCUUCUCUUUGCUCACCAAGCAUAGCCCCGUACAUUGUACAGCGGCUGUGCUUGGUAUCACAGCUCUGCCCUAUUCACUUGAAUGGGACAGAGCUGCAUCUAGGCCAUGUGACCAAUGGACCUGUCAUCACUGGCCUAGGGAAAGCUGAGAAGCUUUCCCCCACCGAUCACAUUCAAAUCUUAGAAAACCCCUUUAAACAAUCUAGUUUUUACAACCCAACCCCCAGGAUAACUUAUUGUGCCCCCACAUUACAGACUAACUGGUGGCACAGCCACCUGCAAGAGUUUUGUCCCGCUUUGAGACCGGAAUAUAGAGAGUUUAAUGUUGUAAUGACAACGUAUGUGGAACCAUACAUAAAAAGCAGUUUAAACAAUA